ACAGUAUAUUAGGUUAGUGAACAGUUCUGCUGUGUUGAGUUGUCUUUCCUAUACUGUACUCCCAUAACGGUAAUACCAGAACCAAAAUGUGUCGUGUGCUUUUUAUUUGUCAGAUGAAUACGGCUGAUGACCCCUGAACAUUACACACAUACAAACAACUGUGUUCUGUAUAUUUUAAGAGGUACCAAAAGCAGUAUACCCAAUCUUACCCUGUAAAUACUCUGAGACUGUACAAAUCAGCGGUUUGUUUUGUGAACUGCACUGUUUGUUAUCAUGUGAAAUCACACAAGAAUAUACAAUACUGCAGUAUACAUUAUUUAGGGUGACUACGAUUCCAUGUACACAGUUUGGGAGAGUUCAGGCUUUUCAACUCACACCCCAAUGCAUUCUGGCACGUUUUACCUGCCUCAGGUACCUUAAACAGCAGGACUACACUUACCAGAAUGCAUUGCAGUGUGAGUUGAAAAGCCUGACGUGGCCUGGUGAACAUGGAGUCAUAUGGAAGAGGAAAGCAUGAGUUUCGUUUUCUUCAUUUCUUUCAUUCCUAUCAGCGCAGAAGAAGUGAUUUGUUUUAGAAUUGAGAACAGGAGGCAUGGCAAAUAACCCACAAGACCAGAGAAUUGAUCCAAGAAGAAAACGAUUUUUUAAAAGAAAUAUAAAAGUUGAAGGAAGCCUGCAAAAAUCUGGGAACAGGUUCAUCUUGAAAUUUCUGGAAAUUUAUGAGGAGCAAAUCACAGAUGAGCUGAAAACAGUCAUCCAUGGAUACAUGUCUGAGGUGCUGCACAGCAUCUUCUUUCUGGGCAACAUUCACAGGGAGAAAAUUAUGCCUACAGAUUUUUUUGAAGAGAAAGAGUUGUUAAAACUAAACAACAAGUUUUCAAAACCUUUUAAUGAAUUCUGCACCCACCUGCCAACCCGCACGCCUUUUUCCAUCCUCCUUGAUGCGGUGGUAAAGAUUAAAGGCAGUCAAAAUGAAACACAGGUAAUGGAGUACCUGUCGACUUUAUUAAAAGAACUGAGUGUGCCAAAACCAACCAAUAUGACAUAUUCCAACUAUUACACCUUGGAGGCCACUGUCAUCUGCAUUUGUCAUUAUGAAAGGACAGGGGGGGGAAUAACAAAGAAGUUCUACGGAGCCUCCCUGUCCUGCAAGGGGCCAAGAGAAAGGCAGGUCAUCAUCUCCCUCUCGUGUCGACACACAUGGACUCUGAAAGUGGCUUACGCAGUGGCCCUUGCAGGUCAAGGUGGUGCCAUCCAGCUUCCACAAACAGUGAAAUGCAAAGCCUUUAAAAGAAACAGGGAAAAAGACCACUAUUGUGAAGAACCUCCAUGUACAAAUUGCAUUAAUAUAUUCAAAGGCGCUACGUUCGAGCCUUGUCACAUUGAAGCCGAUGAAGACCCAAAGUGGCCCUACGGCAACUGUGCUGAAACAGAGUCUCUCAGCAAACUCCUCAAUGCAGAUCCAGCACUCUGUGAACAAGUACAAGUUCUGAAGAACAACAUGACAGCUGACCUAGACCUUGAAAGAAACACAGUCUGGAGCAAUGCCACGCGCAAGCUGGUAGACCUGCUUAGCGGGACAGAUUAUGUGCGUAAUGGCAAUGAUAUUUUGUUCUUUGUCCCCUAACCCACCCCACCGAGUCCCUUUUAGCUUCACUCUACCAGUAAGGCAUGUAUCUUGUAAAAUCAAGCUAAUCCCUGAUCCCUGCUGGCUCAGAUCUACAUGUGCUUUGAAUGAUCCUGUUGUACUAUCUGGAGAUCCAGAUACCUCAGGCUGUAGUAAUUGGUCUGUGUGGUAGUUAUUUAGGAUGUGUGUGUAUUUUUAUACUUUUCUAAAAAUGAAUAUAUAUAUAGCCUUCACUAAAAUAGUCCAUCACUAAAUACUGGAAAGGAGAGAAAUGUCCAACUUUCACAGAAUGAAAACAUCUAUUGCUGUGUGUAUUACAGCUGGAUGGGCUCCACCACACACAGAGGAAAAUGAAAUGACUUCCUUAAAACAGAUAUGUGAUAUGGAUUCAGGGCAGCAGUGUGGAGUAGUGGUUAGGGCUCUGGACUCUUGAUUGGAGGGCUGUGGGUUCAAUCCCAGGUGGGGGACACUGCUGCUGUACCCUUGAGUAAGGCACUUUACCUAGAGUAUUCUAGUAAAAACCCAACUGUAUAAAUAGGUAAUUGUAUGUAAAAAUAAUGUAUAAAUAAUAAUGUAAUUGUAUGUAAAAAUAGUGUGAUAUUGUAAGUCGCUCAGGAUAAGGGUCUCUGCUAAGAAAUUAAUAAUAAUUACUGUCAGCUCACUACAGUGACUUUUAGACAUGUUGCCACAUUGGUGACCACACUAUUCCUGUUUUGUAAUAAUUAUUAAUUAGGUCUGGGUUGGGUUGUGGGUUUAGAGUUCUACAUGUAUGAAUGGUAAAGUUAUGUAUUUGAGAAUAUGUUUGUAUUAUAAGAUUGCAUAUAUUGUGACAUUAGCAGUUUGUUUUGUGCUUCUCAAUUGGAGCGUCUCAUUUAUACAGUGUCUGUGUCUUCUGUAAGCCGAGAUGACUGCACUGUGAAUAGAGGGGUCUGAUACCAGGUUGCAUCUAAAGGCAACACUGCAGAGCAUCCACACAUAUUCAUUCAUAAAUAUUCAUAACAAUAAUAAAGAUACACAACCUACAUGGUUUUUUAAAGAAACAUUUAAUUGAAAAAGUUUCAGUAAAUAAAAAAUGUUCUUUCUGAA